AUGAAAAGCCCGGAUGGCGAGCUUCCACUGAUUCAGCAGUGGUUUACUCUUGAUCACAGCAAUUCAACCGACUUGAUGGUAUCCGAAUGGCUGAGUCGAAUAGAUUCUGCUUAUAAUAAAAGCAAACCUGCACAUGAUCACCAGCGCUCUAAUAUGCACACAAGAGCCAGACUAGUAGCAAGACUUACAAUCGGGGUAGCCUUUCUCCGGCAAAAGUCCCGCAACGAUCAAUCAGCCACACCUGACGAUCUAUACUUCACAUGGCAUCUCGUCUACGACAUCCUCUCCAAUGACCAAUUUCCCGAACCCCUCUGCACCGCCGCACGCAGCGCACAAGGCUUCGUAGCCAUCGCCCUCUGCAGUCUAAUAAAAGACGGCAAGAUCGAAGAACUCUUCCGUCUCCACGCCUGGCUUCCCGACGGACAAAGAGGCAACAAAGAUUUCGCCAUUCAUUCCCAUCAAGCCUGGACUCAGAGCUAG